UGGACUAUAUAAAUACAACAAUGCUACUAAUAUAUUUAUCCCUGCUGGUUGGCUUAAAUCCUAUGGUUGAAGUGGUCCGCGUCGUCUCCCGGACCUCCAUUAGCUGCUUCACAUCACCAACUCUCCGAGACGAUUUCUCCACCUCACCAUCCUCUCACGAUAGAGCCCAUGCAGCGGUGCUUGACUCAUGUCGACGUCGCAUCAUGGCGGCCGUCAACAUGAACAUGUUCGAGGCGAAGAUUGUCACCGACAAUCCGUCUGCCUCGCGCCCCUCGCUGAUGGUACUGCCGCUGAACCUGAUUGCCGGCAUUGUGUCGCACGUCGACAAAGCAAGCGAUCUCUCGAGCCUAUGUCAAACAUGCCGCGUACUCAACUACAUGGCGCUGCCGCAGCUGUACAAGAGCCUGACGUUGACCUCGUAUGACAAGAUCCGAUACCGCGGAGACGAACCGGAGGGCUGGGGGAGUGCGAGCCCGUUCUCAAUGGGGUUGAAUGCGCUCAUCACACGGCCGUAUGCGUCGCUGGUGCGCUCGCUGACGCUCCGGGGGGAAUGGCGCGAGCAUGAGAUCGAGGAGCACGGCCGCGUGGGCCGCGUGCCGGACUCGUCGAUGAUGCUGAACAUUGCGGUGCGGGCGGCGAUCGACCGGAUGCCUGCGUUGGAGAGCUUCAGCUGGGAGCUCAACACCAAGAUGCUGGAGACGGUGUACAUUGGCCUCGCGCAGCGGCCGAAACUCACCUCGCUGACCAUCCGGUUUCCCUCGAACCGCCACCCGCGCCCGACGACCGUCAUCCCCGCCAUGCCGCAUCUGCGCUGCCUCAAGGUCACCGACAUCGAUCCGCUGUGCUACCCGGAUGACAUCUCGACGCUGCUGCUGGACAGCCGCAAGCUGCGGGAGCUGAAGAUGCACUGGUCCCCACGCAUGCGAAACGCCCAGGAGCCCAGCGUCGUGCUGCACGACUACUUCCGCAAGUGCAUCGCGGCCAAGCAGCCGCUCAAAAUCACCCGCCUCGCCUUCCAGAACCUCUACGCCCGCCACGUUGCGGACGCCCACUUCGCCUUCGACCAGGCCGUGCUCCAGGAGGUCACCAUGCUCAAUGAUGCCGGCGGCACCGAGUUCUCCUUCAUUGACAACAGCUGGCCCGCCGUGCCCCCGCCGCCGAACGCAUGCCUCAAGACCGUCCGCAGUGAUGUCCUGUCCAAGCGGCAUUGUGAUUUCCUUUCCCUUUACCCGGGCCUCGAGAACUUGUACUGCGUCAGCUCGGAUCGCGAUCCCGCCGAGCAGAUCAACAAUCCGCGACGUCCCACCGCCACCUCCUCGGCGAUCCUGACACCUCCGAUCAAUGAAUCGAUCCUCCCGAUCACGAAUCUUACCACCACCACCAAUGGCAGCUCUACUCCCACUACCACUACCGAGGGAAAAUCACCCACUCCGUCACCGGCUACUACCUCCCCGCAGUUCUCCCUCACCCUGCGGGAUAGCUACCUGAAUACGAUUUUCACCCACCACGGCCCCAGAUUGCGCCGCUUACUUUUACCCUCGCGCUGGCCUCUGCCCGCCACAAGCAUCGCCCGGCUGGCACAUACCUGUCCGCACCUGGAACAGCUGGCCCUGGCCGCCGACGUGACGGGCGUUGACCAGCUGGCAGUCCUGUUACCUUUCUUCCGCAACCUGGUAGCAUUGCGUCUACUGAUUCCUACGGGGCCCUCGGGAGUAUCGUCUGGGCAGCUAUCAACAGGCGCACCCCCUCUCCGACAACUGUGCGGCUCCAUCCGAACGCUGGCCGAACUGGUCGAGCAGGACGAUGAGUUCCUGACGGAGAAGCUCAGCCUCGCGUUUGCCGAUAGAAAUAUCUACAGGACCCUGCGGAUUGUAGGGAUGGGCUCCAAAGCAUGGGAGUUGCAGGAGUUUUACCAAGUGCCUGCUCCGAGCCAGGCAUCGGACCGGGAACUUCAAUCCGAAUCCCAAUCCGAAUCUCAAAUCGAGUCUCCAGAAAAACCACCACCUAACCAACGCCCGCGAGGCAGUCCUCCGUCCGUGCUCGGCAAAAGGGCCCGAGACCGCGAAUCCGAACCACCGCGCGGAAGCAGAGGGGACGAGAAGAACUGUCUCCCUGCGUUGAGCGUCUUGGCGGAUGCGUCGUGGCGGCGGCGGUUGCGGCGGGUGGGCUGGGAAGUAUUGAAGAACUGGGAGGUAUGGGCAUUAGAUACGCAGGAGAUAUAGAUCAUACAGAGUACACUACACUACACUAUACAGAGUAUACUAGUGAAGGUGACAGAGGAGUCUACUUUUGAUUUGCAAACCCUAGCCGCGGACCUCCCUGGCUCCCUGCAUCAAAAACCACAUACUGCGACUUGAGAAAGACGUCGCCGAAGAUGUUGAUAUCGACGAGUCCCGAGGCGGCCUGGAUCCCGCCAAAACACAGAUUACUCACACUCCCCACGGGGGCAUAGUUGAUCAACUCCCCCGGCACGGUGACGGAGUGGUUGCCCGCGACAACGAGGGUGAAGGGGGUAAGUUUCGAGUCGCAUGGGAAGACGUAGCCGCCGUGGAGGGGUGAAUCCUGUGCUCCCGACACGUUUGCGUAGUACCUGCUCACGGUAUCGGAGGGGAGCAGUAUCAGGGUUGUCCCGGUGUCUGCCAUCAGUAUUGCCAAUGCUAUAGUGUUUAUGAUGAGUCUUACCU